AAUUCAUUUUAUUCAUUUGCAUGUCAUCAUUAAACUACAUCCAAAAGUGACAAUCAAUUUGUAAAAAGUAUAUAAAAAUGUUCGGUUGUAUUAAAUUGCAUCGUUUCCCAAAUAUGCGUGAAUAUAAUUAUUUGAGAGUAAUUAAUCAAACAAAAAAAACCAAAGGUAAACAUUCUUUUCCCGAAGCUCAUCUUUAAAUGAAAUAAAAAAAAAAAUUAAAAAAAUUGAUAUCAUUGAGAUUGAACCAGGUAAAUAGAAAUCCAUGAUUCACAGACCACAUCAGUAUCUGACCUGCCAAUUCGUAUUCAUAACUCUUAAGUUGAUUUAUUAUUAAUUAGCAAGACUUUAUAUACCUAGUUUAGUGAACCUGCCACCUGCCAAAUGAUGAUUUCGAGUAAAAAUACAAUUUUAUUUUUGGCCAAUUAGCAUGAUACCAGCCGCCACGAAAAAUGAAAUUUUUAUUUUCUCCCCAGUCAGGAUGCUUUUGGCAAAACUAUAAUAAGAAAACAAAAAUUAAAUUUUUUUUUUCCGCCCUCCUUUGACAAUCGUUAAAAAAAUAAGUUCGCGAAUCAAGGUAUUAAAAAAGUCUCGGCUCAGAGAUAAAAAGAUUAACAAGACACAACAUGAUUGAACCUGGAACUUACAUGUCAAUAACAAACAGUUCAAGCUACUGAGCUACAUGAUCAACUAUGAUUACAUUGUGUAUUUAAAACUCUUAAGCUUUAGACUUUCACAUAUAAAAAAAAAACACAUUAAAAAAAUUAAAGUACAUAAAAACUAAUACUGUAAUUCAUUAAGAAUAAUAGAACAAUACAACAUAAAUCACAAAAAAUACUUUCAACUAAUAAGUUUUCAUUUUUUUUUUUUUAUUAGUUGGUUAUUCAACAAUCUUUUAAAUAUGUUUAUGUUAAAGGCAGUUUCCUAUCUUGUAGUAUACAUAAUAAAAUAUUAUUUGAAAAAAAAUGACUAUCAUAAAUUUAUUCAAAAUAUUCAAAAAAUUAUUUAAAUAAUUAGAAUUCAAAUUACAAUAUUCAUGAAAAUAAACUUUUUCUAUUAAUUUUUAAUAAAUAAUUUUACAUCAAUAAAUAAUUUUUAUUCAAAACUUUUACAUACAUUCAAAACAGAAAAAAAACAUCUUCAAUACAUAGGAAAUUCUACAUCCAUUACCAUUACCAUUAUAUUCAAACCAGAUGAAACUAUUUUAACAGCAUAACAGUUUGUUCGCUAUAUUAAAAUUAUACACAAAUAUUCAUAAAGUUAGAUAACAUCUAUCAAUAAUCUCUAUUCCCAGCUCAGCAUCCUGUCACUAAUAUGAAGUCCAGUAUUCUUCAGGGCCUGUUUUUGAAAAAAAAAUUUAAAACAUUAAUGAAUUUUAAUGCCAUAAAAACAGGUACAGUAGUAUAAUAACAUUUAACAGACAAAGUAUAUUACAUUGUCUGGCCAAAACAUCAAGAAGAAAGAAAUGGCACUUUAUCUGGCCUGUAAAAAGCACUCUUCAAGCACAAAAUGACAAAUCAAACCCUAAUUUUGUAAAUAACUUAGUGUGCACGAGUCAAUCAUGAGAAUUUAAAACAUUAAAAUGGUGGACAGGUAGGUACUUGAUGGUAGUGAGAAAAUGGGAUAAUGCUUUCACAAUAAAAAUAAAAGAAAACACUGUAUACAUUAUAAUAAAUUGAGUACAGUACAAUAAAUCUAAACAAUUGAAAUUCACUGUAGUUCAAAGUCUCUGCAUGAUUGAUCACAUCAUGUCACACUUGAUCGCACACAAUGACAAUUCAGCCUACGCCAGGUCACAUGACAGGAGACUCCAUUUCUGCAGUAUAUAGCUGUGCACACGGUAGAGAAACAUAAAAGAAAUUUUCAAGAUGGCAACAAGUGAGGUAGAAGAUGUUGAUAAGAAGUUUCUAGAGUGUACCAUAUGCUUGAAACAACUUCAAAAUCCUAAAUCCCUCAAAUGUCUGCAUAGUUUCUGUUGUGCAUGUCUGGAAGACUGGGUUAAAGAGAAGGGUGAGUUGACUUGCCCAACUUGCUCAAAAUCAUAUUCCAUUCCAGAGGGCGGGCUACAGAAUCUUACAGCAAAUAUAUUUAUAAAGAAUGUAUUAGAAAGUAUUGAACUAUUUUCUAACAAAGAUCAGAUGAAAUGUGUUUGUGAAAUUGAAGGACAGGCAAAAUACUACUGCCAGGAUUGCAGACAGUUCUUGUGCACCACAUGUUGCAAUCAACAUAAGAGGUAUAAACUCUUUGUAAACCACAAGUUGCACGCAGUGGAAGAUGUGCAAUCUAUGAGCCCCCUUCAGAUGGCUUCGAUAAAUCCAGCGCUGUGUUUACUUCACAGUAAUCCUUUGGAGUUUUAUUGCACGGUAUGUGAAACUCCUAUAUGCUUGGAUUGCACAAUUACGGAACACAGUGAGUUGGAAGGGAAACACAAACUAAUCGGCAUUUCAGAUGCAUUCCAAACAUUUAAAGAAACUUCAGCAGAAUUGGAGAAAGCUGUCAAUGAGUCGCAAAAUAAAUUACAAAAUGGCCUUGAGGCAGUACUUCAGAAUUCUACAAAAUUAGAACAAAGCAGAGAAACAACUUUGAGAGAAAUUGAUGAGCAUGUGGACCAAAUGAUCAAGGAAGUCACAGAGAAGGCAGACAAAAUGAAGAGAGACGUAGAAAAAAAAUACAGAAAAGAAAAAGCAGUGAACGAUUUACAUAUGGAUAUAUUGAGAACAACAAUAUUAGAGAUAGAGACACAAUUGAGUUUUCUUAAUCAAGAAAAUUAAUGAGUUUUGAAGCUACAAUAUAACAGCGCACUGAAGUAGAUUAAUAAAUACAGCACUAAAGGACAGAACACUAAUAUUCAUAAAAUAAUAUAUUCAAACAUUUUGAAGUGUACAUAAAGGAAGUGGAAGCAUGUUUAUAAAAAAACAUACUGAAAACCAUAAUUGUAAUUAAUUCUUGUAAUUUUUCUGUAAUUACAUGGGCAAUACAGAGGUAUCUGGUUAUAUAAUUGAUGUACUGUACUUAUAUAAUAAUUAAUUUAACUUAUUUACUUACAUAUUUAAAAUAACUAAUUAUAGUUAAUUAUAAUUAAUUGAUGAAUUAUAUUGUAAUCAACAAAUUACAGUACAUAUAGAUAAAUGUAAAUAAUUGUAGUUAUAAGAGUAUUGUUCGAAAUAAAUAUCUGUAAUUAAAAUUAAAUAAUUCUUUUAAAAAAGUAAAACAAUAUAUCCUCUAAUAUAAUUUUCCUACCCAUUUCAUGCACUAAUGAAAUUGGAUUUAAAACCCUGCGUGUGACCCGUCAUCCAUCUAUGGAUAGAAAAUACCUUUUUUUUUACGGCCCAACACCGAUUAUCUGUAAAUAUUAAUGUUAAAAUAUCAUAGCAUAAAGCGGUAUAUAAGCAGUACAUGAAGGUUUUGAAAGCGCAAGGGAAACACAAAAGUUUGGGUGUGGCCCUCAGUGUUAAAUCAAAAAUUCACUUGGCCCUCCGAUCAAUUUUUAUGUCAUCUCCUGCGCUUAGGUAUAGACUCCCGGUAUUCAAGCCCUGGCCUGCCUGGGACAUUGCUCAGGAAAAAAAAUUUUCCCAGAAAAAAUGCGGCCAAUUUUCAAAUGCGGUUGCAAUAGGCUUUGCUAAAGAAAUGAAGACAACUUUCCCACAGGCAAAUGAGUGUGACUUUAACUUCUUGAGUGAAAUAUUUCUGUUUAGUGAAUCUCUAGAGUGCCUCGGGUGCAACUUUUUUUAGGGACCACGUCAUCCCUCCUCAGAUAUGCCACUGUAUUACUCCCUUAUUUUUCUACCAUAUUUGAUUUUGAAGUAUAUUAUGCAACAGGCUACCUAUUUUUACAUACCUGUAGGCCUGAGAUAAGAUCUAUAGAAAUAUGAAAGGGAACUGCUGGGUACAUUCCCCUGGCCCCAACAUACUGGCCCCGGCUACCAGCAUGGAUCUGUAUAACUUGAGCUGCCAGCAGGGUGAAAUUGUAUAUAAUGUAAGUACUAUGUAAGCCUAUACUAAAGAAUGUACACCUAUUAUUAUUAAUAAUCAAUAAAAGUACAUGUAAUUGUUUAGAUGCAAAGUAAAUAUAGAAAUAAAAUCUGAAGUUGUCAUGACA